GAAAAGGUGCUCUCAGUCUCUGAGGAGAACUUUGGUGUUUUGGAGGACAGCUGGUUUGAUGAUGGGAUGGAGCAAAGCUUUGGAGAGCCAAAACACCAGAUUUCAAAACUUGAAAAAAAGAUUCCAGAACAUGUUGUACUCUCUGGAGGACUUCAUAACCGGUACUGGGUUCUUGAUGUGAAAGAAACUACUGGAUAUCAAGGCUACACUGAGAAACAUUUAACCAUCACCUGUUCAAGGACUGCGCAGUCCACAGAGACAUGCGUGCUGAAAGAUGGAUGGCAUACCACUCCAGUUGCUGUGGGGGACAUAAUUCACUUGGAAGGGGAGAACAUGUCUGGCACAUGGGUGAUUGACAGGAACUCUGGUUACCUGGUGCUGCUGCCUGAUUUGCUUAUCUCUGGGACCAGCAUUGCUAGCAGUAUCCGCUGCAUGAGACGAGCUGUACUUGGAGAAAUGUUUAAGACCUUUGAUGGUGGCAGCAAGCAGAUGCUGAAUGGAACCAUAGUUCAUGACAUCUUCCAAAAAGCUGCAAUGUCUUUGGACUUCUCACCAGUGACACUAGAGAAACUCGCCAGUGAAGCACUGCUCAGCCCCAACUACCUUGGACAAAUGUACAGUUUGAAACUGACUCAAGCAGAUAUGAAGCAGGAGGUAGAAGAAUAUCUUCCUGCUUUGUCUGGAUGGGCAAAUGACUACCUCCACACGUCUCCACUGGCAGGGCAGAAACAACUGACUCUUAAACUUCCCAGUGAUGGGUCCUUGAGCCGCCAGGACUCAGCUUGCAGUGUCACGGUCACUGACUUUGUUGACAUUGAGGAGAACAUCUGGUCUCCAAGGUUUGGUCUAAAGGGGAAGAUCGACGUGACUGCAGAGGUGAGGAUCCACCGGCGUGGCAGGAAGCACAUGGAGAAGGUUGUGCCUCUGGAACUGAAGACUGGAAAGGAGUCCAACUCCAUUGAGCAUCGCAGCCAGGUUAUCUUGUAUACUCUCAUGAGUUCUGAGAGGCGGGUAGAUGCCGAGGCAGGUUUUCUUGUCUACUUGAAGACUGGCAACCUACAUCCCAUCGUGGGCAACCACAUGGACAGAAGAGAACUGAUCAAACUGAGGAACACGCUGGCUCAUCAUCUUGGUAAGAGCAUUGUCAGGGUGGAGGGCAAAAGCCAAAUGGCACCCUUACCUGCCGUCAUCUCUGACCAUCAGGCCUGCAAGUACUGCCCUCAGAGGAGAAACUGUGCAGUUUACAACAGAGCUGCGGAGAGGGCUCCAGGUGAAUGUCCCCCUGAGGGCUCUCAGGCAUUUCUGCAGUUGGAGAGUGAACAUCUUAGCCAGCUCCACUUGCAGUACUUCAGCCACUGGCUGCUACUCUGCAACCUUGAGGCCCACACUAUGGAGAACAAGGGAGGCCGGCGCAACAUCUGGUUGCAGUCUGCUCAGGAGAGGGAGAAGAAUGGUGGCUGCGUCGGAAAUAUGGUGCUAGCAGACAGUGUGACGACUCUCUCCGACGGUGUGUAUGUACACCACUUUGAUCGCAGGGACGGAGAGCAUGCUCUCAUUGGUCUCAUCGUGGGGGACAGACUCGCAGUCAGUGACCAGGACUCCAGGUUCAUUGGUAUAGCCACAGGAUACGUCACCGCAAUAACCAGUACAAGAGUGACCUGUUCUCUGGAUAAGAACCUCUCCAAAUAUUCCUCAAAUAUGGUGUUCCGUCUGGACCAGGACGAGGGUGCAGGAGGGUUGAGCACUCAUCUGGGAAACCUGGCCAUGCUGAUGGAAAACACUCUGACCAGUGAGAAGCUGAGGCAGCUGAUUGUGGAGUACAGGCCACCCCAGUUUAUCGAUAGCCUCAGCAGUGUGCUGCCUCGAGAUGCCAAAGACACCGUAGCCAACAUUCUAAAAGGGCUCAACAAGCCUCAAAAGCAAGCCAUGAAAAAGGUGCUCCUGUCCAAAGACUACACACUUAUUGUAGGAAUGCCUGGCACUGGAAAGACUACCACGAUUUGUACCCUAGUGCGUAUUCUGCACGCCUGUGGCUUCAGUGUGCUCCUGACCAGUUACACACACUCUGCAGUGGACAACAUCCUGCUGAAGCUGAAGAAGUUUAAGAUCGGUUUUCUGCGCUUGGGCCGAGCUCAGAAAGUGCACCGGGACAUCCUGUCCUUCACUGAGGAGCAGAGUCGGGCAAGGGGCAUUCAUACACUCGAGCAGCUGGAGAAUCUCUACAACAAAGAGCUCGUUGUGGCCACAACAUGCAUGGGCGUGAAACACCCAAUCUUCAGCAGACGACGCUUUGACUUCUGCAUUGUGGACGAGGCGUCUCAGAUCAGCCAGCCUGUGUGUCUGGGGCCACUCUUUUAUGCCCAGCGCUUUGUUCUUGUGGGAGAUCACCAGCAGCUGCCUCCCAUUGUCCAGAAUGCUGAAGCCAGGGCUCUAGGCAUGGAUGAGAGCUUGUUUAAGCGUCUUGAGCACCAUAAGGAGGCUGUGGUUCAGCUGAAUGUGCAGUACAGGAUGAACAGUGUGAUCAUGUCCCUGAGCAAUGCCCUGAUGUAUGAGGGCAGGCUGGAGUGUGGGUCGGAGCGAACAGCCUCUGCAUUGCUGCAGCUGCCCUACAGAGAGAUGGUACUGAGGGAGCUGGAGCUGUAUGUGUGUCAGCCUCAGUACAGCACCUGGGUCCAAGCUGUACUGGAGCCACAAAAUCCUGUCUGCUUCCUGGAUACCUCAGAGGUUCCUGCCUCAGAGACAGUGGAGAAAGGUGGAGUGAGUAAUCGUACAGAGGCCAUCUUGGUGCAUGCUCUCAUCAGCCUGCUGCUAAAGGCAGGCUGCAAGGCGGGUGACAUCGGUGUUAUUGCUCCAUACCGGCAACAGCUGAAGGCCAUCUCUAAUCUGCUGGAGGGAGCAGAGUUCAAAGCUGUGGAGGUGAACACCGUUGACAAGUACCAGGGCAGGGACAAGAGCGUUAUUAUCGUGUCUUUUGUCAGGAGCCACCCAGAGGGCAAUCUUGGGGAACUGCUGAAAGACUGGCGCAGGCUGAACGUGGCCAUCACCAGAGCCAAACACAAGCUACUGAUGCUGGGGUCUGCACCCACACUGCGCCUCUACGCUCCACUGGAGAAACUCCUCACCCACAUGCAGCAGGAGAACAUGAUAUCCUUUACUGGCUCCAACACUGUUAAAAUGAAAACUCUUUUGAAGUGCUAAUUUUAAUUUAGUUAUAUCGGUUUUUAGACUGUGGUGUUACCACUAUAUC